CGCCAAAUGCCUUCCAUGUUCUAAACUUGCAAUCUCCCCAACUUUUCCUCUCCACAAGUACUCCUUCCACGUCCGCCAAAAAAAGAGAACCCAUCAACAAUUCAGCAGGCCACAAGCAAGCUCGACAACACAGAGUGCCAACAGAAACCACCACAAUCCGAAUUCCCAAGGCAGAGCAAAGAAGAUGGCCAUGUCCGUGACCGUGAGCAAGCAAUGGACGCGGCUGCGGACUCUCGGCCGCGGCUCGUCCGGGGCCGAGGUGUUCCUGGCCGCGGACGACGCCUCGGGGAAGCUCUUCGCGGUCAAGUCGGCGAGCACGCCUUGCGUGGCGGCGCUGAGGAGGGAGCGGCAGGUGAUGGCCGGCCUGAGCUCCCCGCGCCUAGUCUCCUGCAUCGGCGGGCGCGACGCCCGCGACGGCUCCUACCAGCUCUUCCUCGAGUUCGCCCCUGGCGGCUCGCUGGCGGACCGGGUGGCGAUCGACGGGGGCCUCGACGAGCGUGCCGUCCGCGGAUACGCGGCCGACGUGGCGGCCGGGCUCGCGUACCUUCAGGGCGUCGGUAUGGUGCACGGGGACGUCAAGGCGCGCAACGUCGUGAUCGACGUCGACGGCCGAGCCCAGCUCGCAGAUUUUGGGUGCGCGAGAAAGGCGGGAGCCGGCGGCGGGUCGAUCAUCGGUGGCACGCCCGCGUUCAUGGCGCCGGAGGUGGCGCGCGGCGAGGAGCAAGGCACCGCGGCCGACGUCUGGGCGCUAGGCUGCAUGGUUGUCGAGAUGGCCACUGGACGCGCGCCCUGGAGCGGCAUGGACGGUGACGCGCUCGCGGCGCUGCACCGGAUCGGCUACACGGAGGCCGUGCCCGAGGUUCCCGAAUGGCUGUCCGCCGACGCGAAGGACUUCUUGGCCAGAUGCCUUGUCAGGCAGGCCAGCGGCCGGUGCACGGCGGCGCAGCUGCUGGAGCACCCGUUCUUGGCCUCCGCCGUGGUCGGCGCGAAGCCGCAAGCCGUGGAGAGCAAAUGGGUGUCGCCGAAGAGCGCGCUGGACGCCGCAUUAUGGGAAUCGGAGUCUGACACCGACGAGGCCGAGGAUGAGAUGUCGCACGGCACGGCCGAGAGGAGGAUCAGAGCACUGGCGUGCCCUGCGUCGGCGCUCCCGGACUGGGACUCCGAUGAGGGCUGGAUAGACGUGCUCUACGCGCCAACCGAAGCACCAGACGCAGCGACGGAGGAGACGAUCGACCUGGACGACGACGUGAUCAGAAACGAAGAACCAAGCGGCGCAGAGUCGGGCGUUCUCGCCAUUACCUUGGACGUGGAGUACAACGGCGACAACAGCGUCCUUAAUGGAGUAGAAGCCUACAACGAUUCAGUUAGGCAUCAACAGUCGUUGGUGUGUUUAGCUUCUCACGAACUAUCAUGUAAAUUGUUGCUUUGCAACAGGAAGACUAAUGCAAUUGAUUUCGUUCUUGCACAAGCACUCUGUUUUCAUACUGCUGCUCUAUGUUUCCACUCCCCCCAUUGCGAAUUUGCGACACGUUCGCCUGUACUACUAACCAACACUAACACUAGGUCGCGUGGCCAUGACUCCGACGGAGGAAAUCCAGCGUCAGUUCACAAGCUUGCCGGCCACGCCGCACACCGAAGCUUCCACCGCGAAAGGGAUGGAGUCGACGCGGAAAGCGCGGCGUCACAGCAGCACACGCACUAG